ACCUCACAAAAAAAUAAGGCUGUGAGAACAGACAACAAGAGACCGACGAGGAUGGAUACAACAGCUUCUUUUAUCAAAUCUGUAAGCAAGCGAGUGUGGUCUCCACCACAGCGUCCCUUCAGAGUCUGCUGUCACAACAGGGAGACCAGGAAGGGCAUCACAGCCGGGACCCUGGAGGAGCUGAAAGAGAGGGUAUGCCAGACUUUGCUGCUGUACCUGUCAGCAGCGUCUCUGUCUCUGGUUUGUGAGGAGGACGGUACAGAGGUGGACUCCGACGAGUUCCUCAUGACCCUGCCCGACAACACCAUGCUCAUGGCCCUGCAGCCUGGACAGACAUGGACACGACAGCAGGACUCUGUUGUGCCCAGAUCUCAAGACCACAACAAGCCUCGGACCGGCAGAGACAUAGCUCGUGUCACCUUCGACCUUUACAGGAUGAGCCCGAAGGAUGUAUUUGGCUCCCUGAGUGUGAAGGCCACAUUUCAAGGCCUUUACUCCGUGAGUGCUAACUUCCAGUGUCUGGGACCCAAGAAAGUCCUCAGAGAAGCCCUGCGUGUAGCCUCCACCCUCCUACAUGCUGCUGGACACCUGCUUAUCACCUCUGCCUCCAUGAUCCGCCGCAUUAUCGAAGGCGCAGAGAUUUGGCAGCCACAGAGGGCGGAGUACACAGCCAGCUGGAACUGA